AGAUUUGUCAGGAUGUUGAGCACCGCUGUUAAGUGCACACGUGAGGCAGCAGCACGUUGUCUUUUUAUUUACUCUCAGGUGGAAACCAGAUAACCAGAUGUGUGCUGUUAGUGUGAGAGGAAAAAUGUGAGAAACUGUAACAGCCAGCCAUUCAGUAGCCUCAGAUUCAUUACAGCAUCAUUACAGGUACAAUCAACCAGUGCUUUUUACAAACAGCAAGGAAGGAAGCUGUUCUAAGAGCAUUUUACUGCAGUUCUUCAGCCUGAAAAGAGUGAUUUAGAAGAGUGGAGAGCUCUUGGACCUCUGGAACACUUGGAAAUGGCACAAAAGACUGUAUUGAUCAUCUAUGCCCAUCACAGCCCGAAAUCGUUUAACGCGGCUGCGAAGGAUGUGGCUGUGCAGACGCUCACUGCACAGGGCUAUAAAGUCAUUGUGUCUGAUCUCUACGCCAUGAACUUCCAUCCAACAGUCUCACCGGCGGACAUCAAAGGUAACCUGAAGAACCCAGAACACUUCCUCUACGCUGAGGAGGCCUACAUCGGCUGGAAGGAGGACAGACUGAGUGAUGAUAUCAAAGCAGAACACCGCAAAGUGGCGCAGGCUGAUCUUAUCAUUUUUCAGUUCCCUCUGUACUGGUACUCAUUUCCUGCUAUAAUGAAAGGCUGGAUAGAGCGAGUGCUAACCCGGGGCUUCGCCUACACUCUGCAGAACACGUAUGAUAAUGGCUUGUGUAAGGAUAAAAAAGCCUUGCUUUCAUUCACAACUGGAGCACCGGAAUGCAAGUACGAACCUGAUGGUAUCAAUGGAGACGUCAAUGUGAUGCUAUGGCCCUUACAGAAUGGAGUUCUGCACUUUUGUGGGUUUCAGGUUCUGGCUCCUCAGAUCUUCUGGGGUCCUGCUCGUGCCUCCCCCUCUGACAGAGCAGCCAUGCUGGAGUCCUGGCAGGCGAGGCUGAAGGGUCUGCUGGAGGAAAAGAAAGUGGCCUUUGCUUCUGGUAAGCUGUUUGACCUGAGCCUCCAAGCAGGGUUUAAACUGAGGCCUGAGGUGAAGGAAGAGUAUCGUUCUAAAUCAUACGGCCUCACCACCGGGCAGCACCUCGGCAAACCCCUCCCCCCAGACAACCAGACCAAGGCUUCUUCUGCAUGUGAUCCCUCAGCAUCAGCGAAACACUCACAAAAGAAAGUCUGAGUCACUGACGACUUCUGAUACUGAAUGUAAUUUUUUAAAGAUAAAUUUGAGCUAAUUACUAAAAACAGUAGUGCUUUUAUGUUGUGAUUACCCAUAUAUAUGUUUGUUUUUUGCAACAAUGUUUUGUUUUGCAUCAUGUAGAUUUGUGUUCAUUACUCACUGAUCUGAUAAUAAAGAAAUAAAUGAUUUGAUGUGAUA